UACUGUCUUAUUUAUAAAACUUUCAGUAUCUUUUAGCGUUUUAUUUCACCUUUUUACGAUAUCAUAUUUUUUGCUUUGCAUGGGUCAUAAUGUCUCUGUAUAAAAUGAAGCUGCCGCAUAUUUUGUCAUGAGCACAGGUUUGGAAUAUUUGAUUAACAAGACCGCAAUAUAAAAUGGCGGAAGCGGAGGUGGCCAGACUGAACGAAAUGUGCAGGGAACAUGCCAGGCUGGAGAGUGAAAUUUCUGAAAGAUUUCAAGCUUUAACUCGAAGAAACAGUAUUGAAGAUAUGCAGACCAGGCUGCAGGUCAUUGUAAGGGAAUAUUCAAAUCAAACGCAAACAUUGGAAAGAAAUGUUGCAACCCUGACAGGCGCAGUACAGACAGCUGAGAGAGAAAACCAAAGGCUUAGAAAUGAAAAUGCUGCACUGCAGGAAAGGUUGCAAGAGGAACAGGAAAGGAGACGCAGGUCGGAGCAGGAUUCCAGAAACACAAUCUCUUGUCUCGAGGCAAAUGUUCAAACGCUCGAAAGACGAAUCCUUACCCUGGAAACACAGCUACAAGAGGCAGCAAACAAUCAGAGACAGCGAGCCGAGUCAGACGCUGAGAGAAUUCGCACCUUAAGAGAGGAGAACGUUGCAUCAAGACGGGAGGUAGAACGAGAGCAAAUAGAACGGAGGCAAGACCUACAAAGGCUUCAGAAUGAGGUGUCGACAAGAGAAAGGACAAUGAAAGAGGCUGAACAGGAAAAUGCCAGACUGAGAGAUAGGUUGGACAGAAUUGAAAAAGAGAACGAGCGAAAGGAUCUAACAAUAGUACAACUGAGGGAAGAAAGUGAGAGUUUAAGAAUAGCAAGAACGAAACUGGAAAUCCAGAUGGCAGAUGCAGAACAACAGUACACCGAAAGAAUAACAGAGGCGGAGAGGGAGUCCUUGAGGCAGGAACAAGAGAUUCUGGACCUAAAGGAAAGACUGGAUGCGGUUAUGAAUACCAUUCAUGACUACAUACGAAAGAACACUCGCACGAGUGCCGAGCUAGGCAGACUUCGUGAGAGGUUGGAUCAUGUUGACCGUGAGCAAAACGAUAACAGAGAGAUGCUUGAACUCGAUUUAAGGCGCUCCAAUAAGGGAAAAUUAGUCCAGUUUUAACUACGCAUCAAAGGCAAAUAUUAGUGCAGUUUUUGAAAGUUGACAAAUCAUGUACGAAGGAAAUAUGAUCCUAGCAAGCUUAGCUUAUUUCAUUUGAAGAAACUUUUACAGGCGAACAUGUCUGUAAGACCGACAACUUUGGGAAAGCUUAAAGCGUUUUUAUUUGCAAAUUAUUUUUAUUUUGGGGCAUAUCGAAAAUGGAACUUGUGGUAUAUAGUGUGAAGUGGCGUAUGUUCAAGGGUAGUCUUAAGCAUGCAAUAGACUUUUUGUAACACAUAAACUAAAAUGCACAUUUCACGUGAAACAGCCGAAAACGGAAUUUUUCUACAGAUACUGAAACUAUCUAAUAAAUGCUGUCUGAUGCAUGUUAGUGUAUAUAAUUAUGCUUUUAUUUUUUGUUUGCCGUUAUUGCAGUGUAGAGGGCGAUCGUGUGUUUAAUAAAUAUAAGUUGUCUGUUUGAUAUCUUUUCUGUUGAUUUUGCUUACAUAGUUAAAUUCGAUCAUUUGUUAAGCCUUUACCUUUAGUAUACAUCCAGUUAUAAAGCAAGAGUCUUUUUUUGUCUUGUGUUUUCUUUCGGCAAGAUAUAGAAAUAAAGAUUCUUGUUGUAAGCUCAGUGCCAAUUAUUAUAUUUAAUUAUUUUUACUUAUUUGUUCUGCUGGUAGGACUGGUUGUUUCCGUUUAGUUAGGUUUUAUUGUUGUUAUUUUUCUUGCAGUUCUAUUCUGUUGUGUUAUGUUUGUCGUUUGUUUUUUAUCUAAGACACAUUUACAUUUAUUAUGUGAAUAAACUGAUAUAUCGCA